AUGGCGUCGAACGCGCAAACGACGGGCGCAGACCCCAGAGCGGAGGAGCUGCGGAGAAGAAACGUAGCUGGUCAACCAGGUGCCGCUCCACAGGUGGCACAGGCACCAUUGUCAGAGAAGUCCAAGGAGAAGGCUUUCAGCGUCAUCGGCUUCCUCGAUGAGUACGAGUUCAUAUGGGCCCCACUGCUCUUCACAGCCCUCGCUUUCUUCACGCGCAUGUGGAAGAUUGGCCUUUCGCCAAUUGUCACAUGGGAUGAAGCCCAUUUCGGAAAGUUCGGUUCUCACUACCUUAAGCGCGAAUUCUACUUCGAUGUCCACCCUCCGCUAGGGAAAAUGCUCGUCGGUCUCUCUGGUUACCUCGCAGGAUACAAUGGCUCGUUCGAGUUCAAGUCGGGAGAGACUUAUCCGCCGGAGCUCGACUACACCUUCAUGCGCCUCUUCAACUCGGUAUUUGGCGCUGUCUGCGUCCCAUUGGCAUACUUUACUGCAAAAGAACUCAACUUCCGGAGACCGACCGUCUGGCUCGUCACUCUCAUGGUCCUGUUCGAGAAUUCGUACACCACCAUCAGCCGCUUUAUUCUGCUCGACUCUAUGUUGCUGUGCUUCACCUUUACCACCGUCUUCUGCUGGUCCAAGUUCCACCGUUAUCAGCGUGACCCAUUCUCGCCCGAGUGGGGUCUGUGGCUGAUGCUGCUUGGUGUGUCCAUUGGCUGUGUUUGCAGUGUUAAGUGGGUCGGUUUCUUCGUUACCGCAUUGGUUGGAUUGUACACUAUCGAGGAUCUUUGGAACAAGUUUGGCGACUUGAGAAUGCCCAAGGUCGAGCUAGCUACACACCUCGCUUUCCGCGUCUUUGGUCUCAUUCUUAUCCCUCUCGCUGUCUACAUGUUCUCUUUCUACCUGCACUUCCUCAUUCUCGAGAACAGCGGUCCAGGCGAUGCUCAGAUGAGCUCCCUUUUCCAAGCCAAUCUGCGGGGUACCGAGGUCGGAAAAGACAGCCCUCUUGAGGUUGCUUACGGUUCACGAGCUACUCUAAAGAAUAUGGGCUAUGGCGGAGGUCUGUUGCAUUCUCACCACCAAACCUAUCCGGAAGGGUCAAACCAACAGCAAAUUACCUGCUACCACCACAAGGACUCCAACAACGACUGGUUCUUCUACCCUAACCGUCACCAGCCCGAUUAUUCGCCUGAGGAGGAGCUCCGCUACCCUGGAAAUGGCGACGUCAUUCGUUUGAUCCACGCUCAGACUGGCCGUAAUUUGCAUUCUCACUCCAUUGCUGCUCCCGUCACCAAGGCCGAUUAUGAAGUUUCUUGCUACGGUAACACUACGGUUGGCGACACCAAGGACCACUGGAAGAUUGAGGUUGUCCGCGACGCAGCUUCGAGAGACUACUCCAAGGUCCGAACUUUGACGACUGCUUUCCGGUUGAAACACGUUGAUCUCAAUUGCUAUUUGCGCGCCGGUAACGUCAAUCUGCCACAGUGGGGAUUCAAACAGAUUGAAACGACCUGCGUCAAGGAGAACAGGCCCCGCGAUGUGUACACGCACUGGAACGUUGAAAGCCACUGGAACGAUAAGCUCCCCAACGGCAACCCCGACGCUUACAAGUCUCCUUUCCUCCAGGACUUCAUCCAUCUCAACGUUGCCAUGAUGACUUCCAACAACGCGCUCGUCCCAGACCCAGACAAGCAGGACGACCUUGCCUCCAAGUUCUGGCAGUGGCCUUUCCUCCACGUCGGUCUCCGUAUGUGCGGCUGGAACGAUGAUAUCGUCAAGUACUUCCUCCUCGGAAACCCCAUUGUCUACUGGGGGUCCACCGCCUCACUAGGCAUCUUCGCCCUCCUGGUCGCCUUCUACACCAUCCGCUGGCAACGCGGCUACGACGACCUCAAGCCCGCCGAGAUCGACCACAUCCACUACUCGGGCAUCUACCCCGUCAUCGGCUGGUUCCUGCACUACCUCCCCUUUGUCGCCAUGGGUCGCGUCACCUACGUUCACCACUACUAUCCCGCUCUGUACUUCGCCAUCCUGACCGCCGGCUUCUGCGUCGACUGGGCGACCCGCAGACUGAACAAGCAGGUCAACUGGGUACUGUACGGCGCGUUGUACGUUGCUAUCAUUGGGCUGUUUUGGCUCUUCAGGGCGAUCUCGUUUGGAAUGGAGGGACCGAGCACGCAGUGGAGUCAUCUCAAGUGGUUUGAUAGCUGGAGGAUCACAGACUAA